UCAAACUCGAGUUUGAUACUGCCAGUGAUAAUGAUCAUAGGGACCGGAUAUAUAGUUUACUACACCAUAAUAGGCCUUUUAAUCGUUGUCACCAUUCUAUCGUGCUGCUGUACUCAUUCUCCGCCUCCUCCUCGACAAGUUAUUGAAACCGGGCAUAUUCCAGCGAUCAAUGAAACCGCGGUCGAGACGAUCAUAAAGCUUGAAAAUGUCGAAGAAGGAGAUGGGGGUUGCUGUUCAAUUUGUCUAGAAGAGUUCAAGAUUGGCCACGAGCUUAUGUGCAUAAAGAAGUGUAGGCAUGUUUUUCAUCGCUUUUGUAUUCAUUCUUGGUUUGAUACAAAUCGGAACUGUCCAAUUUGUCGUUGUUCUGUUGAUUGAUGACAAAUAGAGGAGAGACUAUAGUUGAGUUUUGUACCUAGUCAUCGGCUUUUGUUUCAAAUUUUUUAUAGAUUAAAAGUAUAUACAAAACUAUCUAUAACAGAGAUAAUAACCAAAGAGUUUACAUGUUAAAAGUUUGAAGCGAGUCAUGUGAUC